GGAACUAAAGUUACAAGCAACAUCAGUGAAGCGAGCACUCGGUGUAACACAUCCGGUCCUGUGCAGAUCAACAUGUCCGCUGUGAGGAACUUCCUGAGGAUCAAACCUGUGAUUCCUGCGACCGGAAGCACGAGGUUAAGGAGUCUGACGUCAUCUUCAGGUCUGACGUCAUCGUCAGGUGUCCAGCAGAGAGGUGACGUGCUGGUGAAGAUGGAGAACCCGUUCAGAGAGCCGCAGACAGGAUGUGUGCUCUGCGGCGUCACCGUGGACUUCAAGAACACCCAGCUGCUCUCUCAGUUCGUCUCGCCUCACACGGGCAGGAUCUAUGGCCGUCACAUCACAGGUCUGUGUGGACGGAAACAGAAAGAAGUGUCCAAGGCCAUCAAGAAGAGUCAGUCACUGGGUUUCAUGGCGGUGACUCACAAACAUCCUCAGUUCAUGAAGGACCCGAACAUCUGCGGAGUCCGACACCUGGAGUGACGAUCAGUGUGUGUCUAACAUGUGUAUUAAAGUGUCUCUGAACUGUG